AUGGCCACAGCAGCUUCUCAGCUACGACAAAAGUCAUGGAGACGAGACGAGUUUCUCAUCUCAACUGACCCCUCAUUGAUCCCAGUCAAUGAGGUCAUCAAAGUCUUCACCUCCGACGAAAUUUACUGGGCGAAACCUCUCCCAGAAGACGCGACCCGCGAAAUGCUCGACAAUUGCCUCUGCUUCGGGCUCUACGACACAGAUCAAGACUCACCAACCCCGUCUCCCGGUAAUCCCACCAAGAGGAAACCCUCCGGUCCAAAGUUCAUCGGCAUUGCGCGCUGCAUCACAGACUUCACAACAGUCCUCUACAUAACCGAUGUCUGGGUCUCCCCCGCCUACCGCAGCGAAGGACUAGGCACAUGGCUUAUGGAAUGUGUAAAUGAAGUUUCGGAGUCAAUGCCUCAUUUGAGAAAGAGUAUGCUUGCUACGGGUGAUUGGGAGAAGAGUGUUCCGUUCUAUGAGAGGGUUAUGGAGAUGAAGGUUACGGAGGGGAAGAGAGGGGAGUCGAGGGCGAUUAUGGAGAGGAGAGGAAGAGGAAAUCCUAGAUACGAGGAAGAGAACGGAGAGAAGAAGGAAGAAUAG